AAAAAUAUAGGCCAAAUACAUUUUCUCUAGUUUCUUGCCAGCGAUUUUUGGCCGAUUCGGUAGGAUAAAGGCAGCGGCGGCUAACAUCUGAAUAAAAAGGAGCGACGGCGGCGAUUUACAAUCGACUUGCUUCUACUUCUGUUUCCACCGAUCUUGUUGAUCUUUUCUUUUUUUUUUAAUUUAAUUUGUUUAAAGAAGUUAAUGAGUAAAAUUUAUUAAUAUUUGUCGUGAUAAUGUAGCAACAACGUCUCUCUGGAUGCCCUUAUCUUAAAGAGAACAUAUUUACAUUCCAAAUUGAAUAUGCAAUUUAUUAAGGAAAUUCUAUAGAGCUUCUCAAGUCUUAAUCCGCACCAAAGGCCAAAGCCAUCGGACAAAAUAGUGAGAUCAAAAGAAUGCGUGAAAUUCCUACCAAACAAACAAAUCCUCUUAACACCAAUGGAGCAUACACUGUGGGACCAAGCAUCAGCAAUUCGUCCAACGUGGAGGCCGUAAACGAACAAUAUCAACAAUAUAAACAUCUAAUGCAACAACGUCAAUGCCCCCAAGAAAGUAAUUAUCAACAAUGGAAGCGAAUGGAAAUCAGUUCCAUAUGCCCCGGUGGCAGUGCAUCAUCUCAUUGUACCAUAAGCUAUUUGGAAAUAUGUUCCACAGCCUUAUCCAUAAUAAUGAGAGCAAUGACUGUGUGUAUAAAUAUUAAAUUGGCUGUUGAUUAUCAACGUCAAGGACAUCAAGAUUACUUUAUAUGGACCGUUAUAUGCAUUGUAACCCCAAUGAUUAUAACAAUGCUCAUACAUGCAAAUAUGUGUUAUCAAGAUGGCAAAUUUAGCAAUGGGUGUGGUCAAAUUUUACAGACACUGUUUUUAGUUUUGGUAUCGUCAUUUUUCUUUCGCUAUUGGAAGUCGUUUGUCUAUGCCAUAAAAUGUAAAAAGGCUCAACUGGUUGGUGAUAAACAGGCUCAACUGAAAUAUUACAAAUUAAAUAUUCGUGAAGAGAGUGAUGUUGCAUUUAUACGCCUGUUUGAGUGUUUUCUCGAGGCAGCACCCCAAAAAAUUCUGCUCAUAUCAAUUAUUUUGGCCCACAGAGAUAAAAUGUCAAAUGCUCAAAUCAUUGCCAUAAUUUCAUAUUUUGGCAGUAUGGCCUGGUCUCUAUCCGUUUACCAUCGUUACAAUCGUUAUUCGCAGAGUGAUAAAUACAAUAUAAGUACAAAUGGUGUUAUAUUACAACUUUGUUGGCAUUUUUGUAUAUCAGCCUCCCGUACCUUAUGCAUUGCAUUUGUUGCCAGUGUAUUUCCCCUGUGGACGUUAUUGACCUGUCUAAUACAUGCUCUAGUCUUUGGUCUCGUAACAUUUUUAGUUGAUCGCCCAAAAUUUGCCCGCUCACAGUUGGGUAAUUUCUUCUUCUGUCUAAUAUUGGGUGUUGUAUAUAUUUUUACAUACAUUUCGGUACGUGAUGCACCCACACGUUAUAAAUACUUGUUUUAUUAUAUGUUUUGUUCUAUGGAAAAUGUGAUCUGUAUUGCAAUAUUUGUAUUAUUUGCCUCACCCGAUUUAAUAUCAAUUGGAUAUCUAUUUUAUCCAUUAUGUGCAAUGGGUUUUUCAUUUUAUUAUAUUGGCAUUGUAUUUAUGAUAAUAUAUUAUUUAUAUUUUCAUCCACGCAUUACGGCACGAACAUCGAAACGUAUUAUAAAUAAUAAUUGAGUUCAGAUUAUUACAAAGUCACAAAUGUUUUUGAUAUUGCAAUAAAAUUUAGUGAUAUAUAUAGGCUCUGAAUAUCCACCGGAUUGAGAGGUGUUCAAAAAUGUAUGUAAAUGCAUGUGUAUUUUUUAGUAAUAUCUUUAAGAUCCUGAGUGAAUUUAUGAUAAAAAAUAAAUUAAGGAGCAUUUGCCCUAAAAAUAUAUUUUCAGGGUACAGUAACCUCCCGAAGAAUAUAUGAACUUACAAUGAAAAACAAAAUAGGUAACGACAAAUGUAGACAUAAAACGGCAAUAUUUAGCAUUAUUGUUAAACAAGGUUUUUAUAUUUGAAAAAAAAAUGGAAAAUAAAAUAAAAACGAUAUUUUUUACAAUAA